AGGGACGAUUGUAUUUUUGUGUCCGGAUCAUGAUUUCUCCAAUGCACGCAUUUUUUACAUAACUAUUCUUUUGUCACUCUUUGACAUGAAGAAUUUCGAUGAUACAGCUGAAAGGUUCGGGAAGGUCUAAUGGCAUUUGCGGUACCCUGGACACUACGAUUGGCUCGAACCACAAGCCACAGCUUGCGCCUCCUCCCUGCGCGCGACUGCAGGACCCAGCCUUCAGCCUCGUGUCGUACCUCAACUGGACGUCGUCGGUCCAGUGUCAGCAUGGACCCCAUCUCCCUGACUGCGGGUUGUGUCGCGCUCGUAGCCACUAUCAGCAAAACCUCAACAAUCGUCACAGGCUUCGUUCGCGAGGUGCGCGAAGCGCGUCACGGCUUGGAUGUCGUGUCACGGGAGCUUUCAUCUUUGCAGACCGUUCUGGGACUAUUGGCUGAAGACGCAUCUCAGAACAACCCAGUAUCGUUCCCAGACGCUCUACAGGCUCAAAUUCACGGGAUCAUCACCAAUUGCAAUGAGGUCGUUCUGGAGAUGAAGUACAGCCUAACCAGACAUGAGAAUUCGAAGUUGGGUCAGGCUGGAUACUGGACCGUGGGUGGUGGCAAAGGGCACAUGGCGAGGUUGAGAUCUACAUUGGAAGCGCACAAAUCGGCGUUGGAGAUUGCGCUCGACAUGAUGGCCAUCAUCAUCGCUAGGGAUACAAAGAAAGACACUUCGCAGAUUCUGGAUGUUACUGCUGCGAUACGAGAGGACACAACACAGAUUCUGGAAGAAGUUGCAAGAUUAAGAACGCAGCUGCCGAGGAACAUAGCGGGAGAACAAACAAACGGAAAUGAGAUGCUGCGACGGUAUUUGGAUAGUCUGACCUCCUACGCUGGAACGGUGUACGAUGCUGAGACGGACGACCGAACGCUGUCAUCACGUUCCGCCUCACCAAUGCGAGCCAGCGAAGAAGUUACGAGUACUUUGACUGCUACAAUAUCAGAGAAAUCUUUCAAGGUUGCAUUGAUACAGCCUGCCACGGUAUCUAACGGCGAUAGCGAGUCCCUUGUACUGUUGCCAACAGCGAGUGCAGCCUCGUCCAGUAAAGAAGGCAAGAUCAGAUUAUUUUCACAAAUAACACCGGCCGAUCACCGUCUACGAAGUGCGCGACCACACCCUCGUCUUAGUCCACCUGAAGGCGCACUCGAACCGCAAGCCCCUCCGAGUCCUAGUACACCUCUCAGGCUAAAAGGUCAUGUAAAGCACCAUAGCGAUGUCUCUUCCGGUAGUCCUACACCGAGGGCCACUGGUGUACCGACGCCAAACUUGAUACCACACUCAGAAGCUCUUAUACAAAAGGACAGUCAAUGCUGUGUCAUCGAACACGCUGUGCAUGCAAAGAUGUCUAGCGCUCUUCCUCCUGAUUCCGCUCAUGAAAGUAAGACCUACAGACAUACUCAAUUCACAACCCUUCCCGGCCGAAUCAGAGAUUACUCGCUGCGUCAAGCCCCAACUCUAUCAGACGUUCUCAUCGUAGUAACUCGACCGAGGACAAACGCAGACUACACGAGCGAUGAUCUAGCUCGGACGCUCCGGAGCAUAGCGGGCAACAUUAGACAACUCAAUCAUCUAUCCUGGCGUCAAUUUACUACAUGUAUAGUGAGCCGACACAAGGUUGCUUGCUUCUACGAAGAGAUGCUCCACCACCUCAUGGGCGUUAGAUAUGCCGGAAAAGGUGGAUUGAAACCAACAUCCAGCGAGCGCGUGCUACAGGCCAGAAAAGUGAAGAAGAACCAGGAAGUCCCGGGUAUCCUCGACAGCAGGGACAAGAAGAGCACGCGUACACCUUUGGCAGGGAACGAUGAUCGUAUCAUAGCUUCGUUGACCGAGUAUACGUCCUAUCACACGGACUUCAAACCAAAUGGUACGCUGCCCAGUGGCAUCGGACCACCCCUGAACCUUCUCUACCUUGAAUACGCACUACAGGGUGAAUGGGAGACAUUUAUUCGCGAUCUUGGCCGGUUGCUAGGCGCGCGCACAUGCAUGCUAAUUGCGGUUGGGGACGAAUUCGGAGACGGAGAGUUGGCGCAGCAUCACGAAGAUGUUCUAGGAGAGAAGGGGACUAAGAGGAAGGAGUGGCACUAUGCGGGUCUGCCGAGUAGGCGAUAUCCGCGAGACUGGAGGUGCUUCGUGAAGAAGGAUUUGCUGAUGGAUUUGCCAGAGUAUGUCCCUGCGAGGAAACCGUAGGUUUAGAAUGGAUUAAAGGUGAUGGUUGUAGACCGUAGAUGCCGCGAAAACGUAGAUCCCGUUCAUUUUUUCAACUUGCGCUCUUUGGUUAGGACCAAAGAUGCUAACAGCGCUGAUCAUCUUGU